GCAGGCUACUCUUCUUUCGUUGCCCUAGACUGGAAUAGGUUUUAAACCCACCCUUCCCAUCUCUAAAUACAAAAUCCCCAAAGCUUCCAGUAGCCGCAUUAGGGCAGGACGAGAAGCUGAGAAAAUGAAGUACAACCCUAGAGUCUCAUCCUCCCGGCGCAAGAGCCGCAAGGCUCACUUCACGGCCCCGUCCAGCGUCCGCCGUGUGAUCAUGAGCUCGACAUUGUCGGCCGACAUGCGAUCCAAGUACAACGUGAGAUCGUUGCCGGUGAGGAAGGACGACGAAGUCACCGUGAUGCGUGGGACCUACAAGGGCCGAGAGGGUAAGGUUGUUCAGGUUUAUCGCAAGAAGUGGGUGAUCCAUAUUGAGCGGAUAACCCGUGAAAAGGUCAACGGAUCUACCGUCAAUGUCGGUAUUCAUCCCUCCAAUGUUGUGAUAACAAAGCUCCACCUCGACAAGGACCGCAACUCACUCAUCGAACGCAAGGCUAAGGGCCGCGCCGCCGCUGAUAAGGAGAAGGGCACCAAGUUCAGCACUGCGGAUAUCAUGCAAUCAGUUGAUUAAUUUGUGAGGAUUUCAUAUAUGCUAUAUCUAUAUUGAUUUGCUUGCUUUUUGCAGCCAUCGCUUUUUCUUCACGGAUCUCUAGUUUAAUUUUUAGACUCUUUAAUAUCUUGCUACCUCAAAGUUUUGUUUUAAGGAAAAUCUGUUGCCUAAUUUAAGCAUCUAGGAUUUAUUUUACAGUUUGGCAUUGGUCCCGGGAAUGAUUUUUUAAUUAUUGCAUUUCAUGUCACGCACAAUGCUCAAAGUGGUAUUAUGGUUAUGCAUAAUUUGAAUUUAGGUAUAUUUAAUUUUUCGUAAUUCCAAUUUGAGAACUAAUAUAUUUGAAUACUUUCUAACAUGAGGUACUUUAACACACUAAUGAUAUCUUUAACUCAUCACCUUUUAGUUGUUUGUAUGAACUUAACCUCAGAGAUGUUCAUGGGUUCUUGCAAAUGUUGAGAUUAAUGUUUUAAAAAAUGGUUUUAGCUUGUUAACAGUGAGAAACAAAAUGAUCAUUGGAUACUCUUUGGUUUAUAUGGUUUCUAUAUUUUAUGCUAUAGGCUUACAGCAUUAUAUUUGAUCAAGACUAUAUUAAAUAGUCUUGAAUUCUUGAUAAAUGUCAAGCUUUUUCAUAAACAAAUAUUUAGAAUUAAAUAGAAAUCAUUAAAGAAACAAGUUCAAGAUCACGUUAUAAUUGAUUUUAUAAAUAGCUGUGAAUAAGAUAUUGGUUUGUGUCAAUUUACUCAAUUAAAUAUUUUGAAAUAUAGGCAUGUGUUCGUUUAGAUUUAGUCAAAGUGUGUUAUAUCUACCCAAUGGUCAUUGCCAGUUUGCUGCCUAGACUCUGCAAGUUCUACUAUAACUAGUCUGCAAGUUCUACCAAAGUGUGUUAUAUCUACCCAAUGGUCAUCACCUUUCCCUAGGAAAGCAUAAUGGGUCCUGUAUUCAUAUGUUUGUUUUGUUUUAAUGUAAUGGUUGAUACAUUCUUUAGUCAAUGUUGAAAGAAUGAUGACAUCUCUAUGCAAAUGCAGCAUCACUUGUGAUGCAAUGAGCGGCACUUUCCACAUGAGAUUUCUGACUCUCAAUAAAAUAAAAGUACUGGCAUUGUCCGUUCCCUAGGGAAGCUUAAUGGGUCCUGUAUUCAUGUGUUUGUUUUGUUUUAAUGUAAUGUUUGAUGUUUGAUACGGAGUACAUUCUUUAGUAAAUGUUGAAAGAAUGAUGACAUCUCUAUGCAAAUGCAGCAUCACUAAUGAUGCAAUGAGCGGCACUUUCCACAUGAGAUUUCUGACUCUCAAUAAAAUAAAAAUACUGGCAUUAAAUAUAAAUCUUUUCAAAAUGCUUGUCCUUUAUUGUUUUGCGUCAAUUCUAUUACUUUUUUUAAUCUUAAGUAUGCUUCGGAAGUUGUGAUAUUCAUUUUUUUCAUGCUUGGUGUGCCUUGUGAUCUACGAUAUGAUCGGCAUCAAAGGCUAGAAAGGGCUGUGAUUAGAAAGAGAGAGGAUUGAGUGUGGAAAUUUCAUUCAUGUUUUUUGGAAAGAAUCAUGACAUAAAUGCAGAUUUGACAAAGCUGCCACCUUCCUCAAUAAUGGAGAAGGUUUUUGGCGGCUAGUAAGUUCAAAUUUGCAUCCUCAUAUCUUUCUUUUCCAUUAGAAUGGAAUUUCCUCAUGUUGAUUUGCCUUACUAAUUUACACUUGAUAUGAGCCUUUUUUUAGCUUUUAUCAGAUGCAAGAUCAAAUUCUCUGAACAAACAACCUACUUAAAGUAGGCUCUUUUACAUAGUUUUGAUUUAUUAAUUAAAACUGUAAUAGGAAGUCAGGUUGAUUGAUUUAGAAGAGAGUGAUUAUUGUGGUGGCCGAUGAUGCGUAAAAGAAGAUUUGUCCGUACCAUCUGAUAACUGCAAAGGAAUGUGUUAUCCUUUCUUCGUCUUUUGAUGCAUAAACCUUCUCACCCUGAGGCCUCCUUUAUGUUAUUUUCUAUUGUUACCAAGUCGGGUGUUUUGGUUUAGAAUAUAGUGAUUAGGGUUGUGGCCAAUGAUGCGUAAAAGAAGAUUUGUCCGUACCAUCUGAUAAGUCGGAAGGGGUGUGUUAUCCUUUCUUUGCUUUUGAUGCAUAAACCUUCUCACCCUGAGGCCUUCUUUAUGUUAAUUUCUAUUGUUAUCAAGUCUGGUUGUUUGGUUUAGAAGACAGUGAUUAGGGUUGUGGCCGAUGAUGCGUAAAAGAAGAUUUGUCCGUACCAUCUGAUAAGUCUGAAGGGAUGUGUUAUCCUUUCUUUGUCUUUUGAUGCAUAAACCUUCUCACCCUGAGGCCUCCUUUAUGUUAUUUUCUAUUUUUAUCAUAUUUCUGUGUGCGUUUGAAUCCUGGCUGGCUUGGGGGUUGACAAUGAAGUUGGCGGAAUUAGAUGAAUCCUGUCAAUACUAGCAUGUCAGAUUGCCAAAUUUACCCUACCUUUUUGAAUGUUUAGUUCAUUGUAGAAUGUGAAUAGCAUAUUAUUCCCUUCUAAAGGCUAUAUGAGGCACAAGAUCCAGGAGGAGGAGUUUUGCAACUCAACAAUUCGAAAAGAGGAUAGAUUCUAAGCCUCUAAGGUUAUGAAAAGAGGAGUUUAGUCAGUGUCUAGAUAGCAUUCAGUUUUGCCAUUGUUUUUAUGUACAUUUAAACUCUUUGUGUGAUUAAUAUAUACUUAAGUUCGGAUGGUUUUUACAUGGUUUGUAACCCACCAGACUGUAUCAUCUCUCAGCUUCAUACUGAGAGUUCGACUGUUUGAGUUGAUUAAUGAAAUUUAUUUCCUUCCAAAAAAA